AUGGCAGAACAAAGUGGUUUCUUCACCUGGAUUUUUGCUCCCCAGGAAUCUCCCUUUGGGGCUCUGCUGGCAGCAGAGAGAAGAUCCGUGGCCAUGGGAAGGAACAUCAGCAUGACAACCAAUUUCAUCCUUUUGGGAUUUUCAGAGCAUCCAGAACUACAGGUCUUCCUCUUUGUGUUGUUUCUGGGGAUCUACUCCAUGACUCUGGCUUGGAACCUGGGCCUCAUUGUCUUGAUCAGGAUGGAGUCAUGCCUCCAUUCUCCCAUGUAUUUCUUCCUUGGAAACUUGUCCUUUGUUGAUAUCUCAUAUACAUCCUCCAUUGCCCCCAAGAUGCUCUGUGACUUCUUCAAGCAGCAGAAGACAAUCUCCUUUGUGGGCUGUGCUGCUCAGUUUUUCUUCUUCAUUGCCAUGGGGGGCACCGAAUGCUGUCUCCUGGCGGCUAUGGCAUAUGACCGGUAUGCUGCCAUCUCCAACCCUCUUCUCUACACAGCCCUCAUGUCACCCACCAUCUGUUUGGGGAUGGUCAUUACAGCAUACACUGGAGGGUUGCUCACUGGAUUGGUCCAAACAAGCUCCAUAUUCCAGUUGCAUUUCUGUGGGCCACGAGUCAUUAACCACUUUUUCUGUGACCUGCCACCUCUGCUUGUCUUAUCUUGCUCUAGCACCUUCCUCAGCCAGAUAGUGAACUUUCUGGUUGUGUGUGCAGUUGGUGGGACAUCAGCUCUUGUUGUCCUGGUGUCCUAUGGCUACAUCAUUGCUGCUGUCAUGAAGAUCCAUUCAACCCAAGGGCAGAUGAAGGCUUUCAACACCUGUGCCUCUCAUCUGACCACAGUGAUUCUCUUCUAUGGCUCUGGUCUCUUCUCAUAUCUCCAUUCUAGUGCUGGCUACUCACAGGACCAAGACAAGGUGGUGUCCAUGUUCUAUGGAGCUGUGAUUCCCAUGCUGAAUCCCAUCAUAUAUAGUCUGCGAAACAAGGAGAUCAAAGAUGCAUUGAAAAAACUCAAGGACAGGAAGAAGCAGAUGUCUUCUCUGUGUCUUAUAGUUCCUUGA